UAAUGUUCAGUAGAUAUUAGAAGAUAUUUUAUAGUAGGCGUUUAAAACAUAUCACAUUGUAAUAUAUCAAUUAAUAUAUUAACAUUAUCUUUAUUUUAUGUAAUAUUUAGCUAAUUUAAUAAUUUUGAAAAGUUACAAAAUGAUAUUUUAAAAAUGGAACAUAACAAAUCUAAUACAUUUUUUUGGUCUUAUAUUAUCAUCGCAUUCCUUAUUUCAUUUGCACAUACAAAUGGGAUGAAUAAUAAUUACAUUUCAAUGUUUCCAAAAAUUGGUGAAAAUAUUACGUUAAAAUGUGGUAAUAAUAGUAUGAAAAAUUCUGAUGUGUCAUGGAAAAUGGACCAUAAAGAAUUACCGGGUCGAGCUAAAAUCAUGGAAAAUGGAGAUUUAUUUAUAUCAUCAUUUAAUACAUCAGAUUCGGGUAUUUAUAUUUGUGAUCGUGCAGCAACUAAUGGUUAUAUUGGGCAUGCUUCAUUGACUGAAUUUGAGCUAAAACCUAGGAGUCUCCCUAAUUCUUUAUUAGGCGUAAGAGUCAUACCAAAUACUGUAUUAAUACUCAUCACAUGGGAUGAAAUAGAAAAAAAUUAUAAAUCACCUAUUAUAAAUAUAACAAUUCGAUAUAGAAUUAUUGAUGAAAGAAUUUCAGUUGAUGAUUGGAAUGUACUCCAUGUAGAUCCUUCUAAGAUUCAGAAAGAAAUUUAUUCAUUGCGCCCAAAUACAUAUUAUAGAAUUCAGAUUUGGGCCAGCAAUGAAAUAGGCGAUGGUGUAAAAACUGAAUUGACUACUAAAACAUUAAGUGACAUGAUUGAAUCUGUAGAAUUAGAAAAACAUUUAUUGGAAGGAAUCAAUAGAUUUGAUACCAGAGCAUGGACAUUUGCAGUAAUUGUUAUUAUGAGUACUUUUGGUAUUUUUGGAAUAGCAUUGUUUUGUUUAUUUAUAAAAGAUCCUAGAAUACAAAAAAGGUUGGAAGAGAAUGAUGAUGUUGAACGUAUAGAAUUGAUACCAAAUAUCACUAUAAAUCCUGGUUACUGUGAAACAUAGCUAAGGUUUGAAUACACUGACACUAGUUUUUGAGUCAGAAUCUCAUAAGAAAGUUGUUUGGAUAUUUUUUGAAUAUAAUAACUUUGUGAAUAAUAUCUAAAUUAUAAGAUGUAAUUUCAUAAGCAAUUCUUUUUUCUGGACCAGUAGUUUUCAAAUUGUGUUAUAUAAUCAGACAUGACAGUAUUUAAAAUUUUUCAUACAUUUUCUUUACUCUAAAUUUGAAGAGUUUAGUUGUGUAUAAAAUCAUUAAAAAAAAUAAUUUCUGUGUUUAAUUCUAUCAAGAAUUAAAACUUCAUGUCUGUACGAAAUAACUUUAUUGGUCAUGUCAUUUUUAAUAAUUAAGUAGUAUGAAACCUAUUUGUAAUAGACAUACAGUAAUGUAAAAAAAAAAUAAGUACCACUGGUGAUCUAGUAUAUUACCUUAUAUAAUAUAUUAUACCGAAGACUUGGUUUAAUUUUACUAACUUUAGAAAUUGGCUGAUUUUAAUUGUAACAUAUUUUGACAUUAAUUGUUUUUUCUACCUUAAAAUCUAUAUUUUUUUGAUUUUAAGAUAACUAUAACUCUAACUGGUAUAUUAAUCCUUUUUGUU